AUGUUUAGCCGGAAUUGUGGGGUAAAGGCGCCUGCUUACUACAUCGGUGGGCAGCAACCGAGCACAUUGCCGCGCGGGGGCUCCAUGCUCCGAGCGUACUCGCCGGCCGCCCCGCCCGUGCCCGCUGACCGUGUCAAAACCCAUUCCGCCUCAGGUCCUACUGUGCCGGCCAAGUCGUUGCGCACGUACAUCCCGGGGAGUGGGUCAGAACGCUGUUUCCCCUUCGCUGCGGCUGAUUGCACUCGGGGCCCAGAACAGCUGUACAAGAUCCCCGGCCAUGCCGACGGGUACAUGUCAUCCCCCGAGCGCGGGGCUGCUAGGACCCCGUACGAGGACCCUUACUACUCGCAGUACCUCGGCACUGCUGCUGGGAGGCCCAACAUCGCUCCCAUUAUCGACGAGGAGACCGGGGAUACCGUUAUCAUCGAAGACGCAUACCAAAUGUAUGGGAACCCCAUAGCUGCAGCUCCGCGACCCAUGCCUCGUCCUCUUUACGACGUCAGGCCUCAAUUGGAUGACAUGCAACGCCUGCGCGUUGAGAAGAUGGAGAGGCAACUGGCCAAUUUGACGGGGCUCGUGCAAAAAGCCUUGCAGGUUCCCAAUCAGCCACCGGUGCCCCCUGCGGCCGUAGUCCCCCGAGCGGAGUAUCAACCUUACCAAGUGCGCCCAGCAACGCAAGAAAAAUCUGUGUCAUUUGAGAAAUCCGUAUCAUUUAGCGAUGAUCCUCCUGAUAUGAGCUCGCCAAAGCAGCACUCACCUCAGCAUACAGAACGCGAUCGCCUGAAGCCGGCUCCUCCGCCAAAGCCCGCCGGUCUCGCUAGCCAGCAGCUGGCUCUGAUACCCCAAAAGACCUGCACCAUCAACGUAUCGUCCGACUUCCCAGGACAACUGCGUCUGCUGCAGAAGCAAAGCCGUGAUCUGCGCAUUGAGACUCGUAAUAUGCGCCGUUCUACUCUGAGUCACGCCAUGCAAAUGAGGCAACUUAUGGGCGACGCAAUUGUGAAAAUUGGAGCUAUUGCUGAAAGCUUCUCCGAGCUUGACCCGAACUCUCAACUCUGCCGCGAGGAAGAGAUUUAUCGCCAGGACAUGCUGCUCCUGGAGAAUGACCUGUAUGAGCUAGAGGCCACUGUCGAGCGUCUCCGUGGCCAAGCCGCUAACAGGGAGACUCGCGUGAACAUGGCGGAUAUCGAGCGCAUCGCCAUGGUUCUCUCUAAGAGUAGCAAGACGGUUGCUGAUUGGAAACUCAAGUUUCCUAUCCUGCAGGACACGAUGAAGACUAAGCUUGCUUCUGAGAUGGAGAAGGUGGUCCGCAAGGAAAAGAUGCUUGAGGAAGAGCCGGAGCGCCUGGAGCUAGCUUUGCGCCGCUGCAAGAAACUGACUGGCACUCUGGUGACGCUGAAGCGCCUUGCUUGCGUCCAAGAACAGCGCCUGCCGCUGACUGAUGGUCGCAUCUCUCCAGUGUCGUCUCAGAGCUCUUCGUUCACGGCCGGGCCAUCAUCCGAAGAAUGCGCUUCGGAAAGCUCAUGCCCUAAUGCCGUCGCUCAUAACAAGGGCACCGGCGGCGUGUGCGUCGGGCGAGGAGGAGCGAGCCGGGGAGCGGACGUGCGGCCAGAAAACGCCCUCGAUGCGCUACUAGACGAGCUGCAGACGUUCGCGAAGCCGGCGGAGCGCGGCGGGCGCGGCGAGGGACCCCUGCGGCGCCUGCACUCGUACCCCAGCGGCAGCGACACGGACGCGUCGCCGCCCGUGCGUGCGCGCGGCCAGCACCCCCCCAAGCCGCCCGUGCCCGAGCGCCACCCCGAGCUGCUGGCGAUGGCCGCGCGCCGCGCGCCGCCCCCGCCGCCGCCGCGCACCACCUCGCGCUCGCCGCUCGCCUCGCCCACUUCGCCCGCUUCGCCGCCUCGCUGCGAUCCCGACCCCUGCCUUCUAACCCUGCACCCCUCCGAAACUUCUGACGACGACAAGGCCACCAGUCGAAACACACCCCUUGAACAACGACACCAAGAGCUGCUGAAGAAGCAAAAGGCGCUGCAAGAACAAUACGCAAGGCUGCAAAUGAUACAACGGAGCGGCCCCACGUUGCCACCCAACGCACAGCCUGACCUCAAAAAGACGGGCAGCGAGUCCAACUUGCUGAGCAAGAUGAACUUGAACAUAGCGCCAGCUGCAUCCGGCAGCAUGACGCACCUAGCCGGCGACCAGGAACGUCGCGCCGAUGGAACGCUGGCCACCGAGCAGGGCAGGCUGCCCGACACUGUGGCCACUACUAAUAAGGUUUACGAGACUGACAUACUGUGA